CUUUUACAAUCCCACAAAUAGGUCACGAAAGCUUUUGAAAUUUGGUUAAAUGAUCAUCAUUGAAUGGUAAACACAAGAUUAUGCAAAGUAUUCCUAUCCUUACGUUUAUAUCAGCUGUAUUCGCAGAAUCGAACAUCAGUAUUUACUUUGACUGUUCAAAAUUACAGUUCUGGGAGAAGGAAAAAGUUGUAUGCAAUGCAUCAACCCCAAUAUUCCAUUGUGCUUGGGAUCUCUUUAGCAAACAGUAUGAAAUGAAAUGCCUACGAAAGCCAAUUUUGAUAAGAAUAGGCAACCGACCAACGAUUCAAGGAGGAUUGCAUUACGGACCUUGUAGUGAAGAUCGAUACCAACCAUUCCAUAUCGUAUCGAAUCGCACUGUAGACUGUUGGUACCUCAAAAAUAAUUGCAUGGAGGAAGGCCAGGUUCUUUGUGAUAACAGGAUUGGUGAUCUAGACAGAACUUGUCGAUGUGACUAUACUCAAGGAUACGCCUUUGUACAGUCGCCCAAAAAUAACUUUUCCUGUAUACCAUCGGAGGAAGAUUGUUCCUGUUACAAAAAAAUAUGUAGAAAUGAAAACCACAGUUUAAACCCAGAAUAUGAAUGUGUAGAUUCAAACAACACGUUUGGCUUUGCAGGCACUUGCCUAAUCACAGACAAAUCGCCUGUAACAACGCCAAAGAUGAAUACUGUUUCCUCUCAUCUUGCUGUCAAACAUAUCUCCGUUUCAGGGUAUCGUGUCAAUGCGAGAGUAGCAGUGUUUUUGUUAACCAUCUUUGCAAUAUUAUUGGUAUUGGGUAUUCUUAAAUUCGGAACAUUCUGUGCCAGAAGAUGCAAAACAAUUAUCAGUAAUUCAUAUUCACGAGUGACGAUAGUUAGUAACACUAUGCAACAGGUAGAAAAUCACCGACAAGAUGACACAUAUUAUAAUACAUCAACAGUAAAUAUUGCACUAGAAACACUGCGUUUAUUUAACACGUUGAUUAUUGUGGGACUUGAAGGAUCUGGAAAAUCAAGUCUUUGCCUUGAAAUUGCAAAUCAUUACAAAGGCAAUAGAUCUACAGUUUUGAUUAUUUCAUUCAGUGAUAUGAAAAACGCAAUCCAUUUUAUCCGACCAAAUACUUCACAUACUGAAUUAUAUAUCCUUGAUGUCAAUUUAAAACAUGGAGAAAAUGAAGAUUUGUUGAAGAUAUGCAAAAACUAUUGCAAAAGUCCUAAGUUAAAGUUUAUAAUUACGACAACAUCACAUUACGGAAGUGAAGAGUUAUUUCUAGAUAAAUUUGAGGUCAAACAGCAUCUCCGAUUAGAUCCACUAUGCCGAAAAGACAAAGUUGGCAUAUUGGAAAAGCAUAUGUCUAAAACUAAAAUAAACAGAUGUGAUUACACGUAUGAAUCAAAUUAUGAAGAUCCAGAUGUGAUAGAAAACCCUGAAAAGCCUAUAAAAAUGUACAAGAGAAUAUUGGAUAACAUUGUUGAUACAAAUACAUUUACAGGUUUUCCUUCAGCAUGCCAGAAAUUCUUUAGUAAUCGUUCACUAUUACACCUUGAACAUCGUUAUUUUAAUACGCCUUCAGAUUCUGUCAUUUCUCAAAUUAAUAUGUUACGUAACAAAACUGACUCGUUUGAAAAAAUCAAAUAUGCGGUAUUAGUGUAUAUUAUGAUGAAAGAACGUACAAUCCUACCAAAUCUUCAAAAAGAAGACAAAACAUUACAUCUUAUUUGUAAAAAGAUUCGUUUAAGUUAUUCGGACCUGAAAUUUUUCCAACUAAAAGAUGCCGCCAAAGAUUUAGAAAGAACUUUUUUGAAAUGUUCAGGCAAUGUUUUUGAAUUUAAUCACACAACGAUGUUAAAAGCUGUUUGGAUGUCUUAUAUAGAUGCCGAUGAAGACUAUUGUUUGUUAAAUUGUAACUGGAGUUACAUCGAGGAUUAUAUUAGACCCUGCGAAUGGCCUUUUCAUAAAUACGACGUAUGUAUACGUCCAGUAAAAAACUCUCUGAUCAUCGAAAGAUUAGAGAUGGAACUUCUUGGCGGAAGUUCAUGGUCCGUGAGUCAAUAUCUUCUAAAAUGUUAUCCCUCUUGCUUCGAAUUUAUAAACACUUUUUGUCAGCACUACAUGAAAAAAGAAACUGCGAAAUGUGAUGUUUAUUUGAAUCUCUGCAGUGCAUUUUCAAAAGUGGGAACUAGUUUUGAAGUGUUCAAAAAAUGUUUAGUUGCAAAGGAUAUGCUUUUUUAUUGUAAUAUGGACCCAUUUGGUAACUGCUUAUUGCAUUAUUGUGUAUUACAAGACUAUGAGGGUAUGCUUUCUGACAUGCCAAACAAUGUCAUUGCCACUUUUUGCAAUGUUUUGAAUAGGAAACAUUAUUCACCCUGUCACUUGGAAUUUUAUUUCGGUAGAAAGGAGUUGAUAGAAAAACAUAUCCAUUGUAUUCCAAGAAAAUAUGAAUAUUACUCUAAGCUGAAUAAACUUUACCAUGUGGGAGAAAGAAAUUUUGGAAGAAUAAUUGAAACAAAACAUCUUGACGUUAUUGGUCAGAUGGAUCUUCAAUCAGACGUAUUACAUAGAGCGAAAUUUGGUACUAAACAAGAUUUUAAUUCCGUCAAAGAUAUGUUACUGAAGAUAAAAAAUGAAAGUAUGGUGAUGAUAAGGAUUAAAAAGCUCCCACCGAAGGUCGAGGACACACAAAUAGCAAACGUUUUGGAAACGUUUCAAUGUGUAAUCAUUAAACAUUAUCGUGAGCGAUAUCGACAGAAACGUAGAAUAACAAACAUUGAAACCGGUGAUCGAAUAGUGAUAUGUGAGCCAUUUAAAAACCAUCUCCCAGAAAAAAUACAGAUAGGCCAGUGUAUUGUAGAGAUGCGUCUAAAAGAACAUAACCCGAAAAGUAUUGCUGAAAAGAAGAAUGCACCACGUGAAGACAAAAAAAUGUCCGAGGAUUUUGAAAUUGUGUAUAUCUGUGUUUAAUUGUAUUUCAACUCAUUUUCUCCCAUGUUUUGCGAAAACCUGCUCCUUUGGAAUAAGUCAUGUCUUCCCAUGGUCAUCAAAAAUUACCGUCAUUACUAUUGACACAAAGGUAGCAUACCGGUAUCAGUUGCAAAGCCUAGGUACAAAUACACAGAAGUUGGGAGAAAAAACAAUCGGAAUCUAAGAUCUUUAAAUGCUUGGACAUGUGCUAUGUGCGUCUCCAUAGUAAACAUUAUUGUGCAUGCAUUGCCAUUUACACAUCGUCAUAGUGUCACUGACUACGUUUAAGUUUAAUGUCCGAGGUCAGAUAGCAUAUAAAUUUUGAGCUAAAAUUACAAACUUUGCUUUCAGGAUGAUCUUAAUUCAUUCUUGUGCGAUAUUUGAUUGUUAUAUCCAAGUUCACGAAUAAAGAGCCUACAAGUGAAAAUAGUCGUGAUGUUUGGACCCCAUUCAUAAGGCUGAACAAACAUAUAAAGAUAGCAGAUGGUGCCAAAUGAAAGACAAACAUGCUUAUGGAAAUUGAGAAUAGUAUAUUAUUUUUUUAUAAAUGACUUGACUUCAUAUCAUAAUAGAUUGUAUAUCGUUGAUGAAUAUCUUUAUCAAAUACAACAUGAAUACAAAUGUUGUUGAAUUGUAUGGUAUAGUUGAUUUAUUUUGAAAAAAAAAUGAAAAGAAAAAAAGCAACCUCAAAACUAUAAAAAAAUUACUGUAACUUAUAUAUUACGCUUCAAUGACUUCAUUUAAUUUUUUCUUUGCAGUUCAUAUCUCAGAUACGAUGAACAUAUCAUAUAAUAACAUUAAUGGUACCAAUUUCACUACACCAAUACGUAUUUCGACAAUAACCGUAUCUUUAGUAAUGCUCGAGGCCAAACGAUUUGAAAAUCUAAAACCAAGUACAAACUUUAAGCAAAACCAAACUAAAAGCUCUUAAAAACAUGUGUCGUUUACCUAGAUUUAAGUGCAUCUUCAACAAUGCAUACUCUCCAACAUUGUAGACAAGAAAAUAAUUCAUGACUUUAUUAUCUUUUCAAAUCGGUUGAUCGUUUUCUGUUGAUCCUUUAUACUCAAUACAGUUUCUCUCCAUCUUAUUUUAAGGGCAAUAACUCCAAUAUGGAGUCAACUGACAAUUCAGCUACUUCUACCGAUUUUGCUGUUUACAGGUUUUCUUUAUCCACUAAAUUUU